UCGCCGAGGAGGACAACUUCUACAUCCCGACCAGGAAACUGUGCCGAGGCAAUAAGUUGCAACAGCCGCCGUCCCCUUGGAGCACAGCGAGGCGAUGACAGCGCAGUCCGGUCGGUGGCGAGUACUGAGUUUUCCCACCCCCACCCCUGGACGUUAACGCGGCACGAGGAGCCAUAAAGAAACUCCCCUGCUUUAUUUUUUUUUUCCGCGUCCGUGCCUGUCACUUUAGCCGGCUAGCUACGCGAACGCGCCGCAGUCGCGGGGAAAAAAGACGGGGGGGCUACGCUUUUUUGGUUUUUCACUCGGAACGUGACCUGUUCGAGGCGGGUGCUGAGAGAACGUCCGAAGGGCCCCGGCGCGGAUAAGUUUGUGAGCACUCAUUAGCCUAGCCUAGCCUAGCCUAGCCUAGCCUAGCUCGAGCGAGCUAGCCAAUUAGCAUUGUAGUUACACAAGACGCGCUGCUAAUCCACGCAUCAUCAUCGGCAUUACCGGGGGUUAGUUAAAGGAACCAAGGGUGGGGGAUUUAACCCCUCUACUUAGCACACCCUGCAACUCUUCUGUUGAUCCCCUUGCUGAUGGUUCUCUUUUUUGGAAUAACAAUUGCAAACUGCCAAGAUUGUGUAGGAAAUACAAAACUGCAGCGUUCACUUGGGGUGGUGUGUUGAUCCCCUUGUCUGAUGGUUCUUUUUUUUUUUUUUUUUUUGGAAUAACAAUUGCAAACUGUCAACAUUGUGUAGGAAAUACAAAACUGCAGCGUUCACUUGGGGUGGUGUGUUGAUCCCCUUGUUGAUGUUUUUUUUUUUUGGAAUAACAAUUGCAAACUGUCAGAUUGUGUAGGAAAUACAAAACUGCAGUGUUCACUUGGGGUGGUGUGUUGAUCCCCUUGUCUGAUGGUUCUUUUUUUUUUUGGAAUAACAAUUGCAUACUGUCAGAUUGUGUAGGAAAUACAAAACUGCAGCGUUCACCGGGGGUGGUGUCUAAUGUUGGCUUUGCUGCAAGAAUGGACGCAGUAUUUUAUUGACUUUGGUGGACAAGUGGCCAGUUUGAACAUAGGUCAAAUACUGAGGGCUAAAAGAUCACAUUAAUAGUUGCAUCCCACCCCGCCCCCCCUUCACACCUCCCCUGCAGUACUGGAAUAGUUUGAUGGACGCGGGGGGCUGUUUGCCAGACUGUCCCUUCUAUAGUCAGUCAUGUAUGUCUUGACACAUACACCUAGUGCCUGCUGUCGGAACCCGGUGUGGUUAUGUCCGUGGACGUCUCCUUCACAAACGCAAGACAAUGCGUAUUAGUUAGUGCCUAGCCAGAGACUACAUUGGAGAUUAACCCUUAACCACGCUGCCUACACACACAGGCAGGCCACUGUUUUAUUAGUCGUCUGGGAAUCGAACGUCGACGCCUGCCACUCUGGAUCAAGAAAACCCGCCCCUCGUGUCCGGUUGGAGUAACACCCUCAAGCCCAAAUCAAUGCCUUCACCGCUGGCCGCGUUCGCCUGCCGACCCAACUCUCACCCGUUCCAGGAGAGGCAUGUGUACCUGGAUGAGCCCGUCAAGAUCGGCAGGUCGGUGGCUCGGUGUCGGCCGGCCCAGAACAAUGCUACCUUCGACUGCAAGGUGCUGUCCAGGAACCAUGCCUUGGUUUGGUUCGACCACAAGACCGGCAAGUUCUACCUGCAGGACACAAAAAGCAGCAAUGGCACGUUCAUCAACAGCCAGAGGCUGAGUCGUGGCUCGGAGGAGAGUCCGCCCUGCGAGGUCCUUUCUGGAGACAUCAUUCAGUUUGGCGUCGAUGUCACUGAGAACACACGCAAAGUCACACAUGGCUGCAUCGUGUCAACAAUCAAACUCUUCCUGCCCGAUGGGAUGGAGGCACGCAGACGAAGCGAUGUCAUCCAGGCGCCGCUGCCGCUGCCUGUAGACAAGGUUGCAGCCAACACUCCCAGUAUGUAUUCUCAGGAACUCUUCCAGCUCUCCCAGUAUCUACAGGAGGCCUUACACAGGGAGCAGAUGUUGGAGCAGAAGCUCGCCACUCUGCAGCGUCUGCUCGUCAACACUCAGGAGGCCUCGGAGAGCAGCUGGCAGGCUCUGAUUGAUGAAGACCGUUUGCUGUCCAGACUGGAGGUGAUGGGCAGUCAACUGCAGGCUUACUCAAAGUCCCAGACAGAGGACGGCAUUCGGAAAGAGCUCCUUGCUCUCCAGGACGAUAAACACAACUAUGAGACCACGGCCAAAGAGUCUCUCAGGAGAGUCCUGCAGGAGAAGAUCGAGGUGGUCAGAAAGCUGUCGGAGGUGGAGCGCUCGCUGAGCAACACGGAAGACGAGUGCACCCACCUGAAGGAAAUGUCUGAGAGGAGCCAGGAGGAGCUGAGGGAGCUGGCCAACAAGUACAACGCUGCAGUCAAUGAAAUCAAAGAGCUUACAGACAAAAUAAAGGCAGCGGAGGGCCGCCAAGAGGAGCUGACCCAGCGAGGGGCGUCUGAGAAGCAAGCGCUGGAGCUGCGGAUCGAGGAGAUGGAGGAGAAGGAGCAGGUUCUCCAGGCUCGCAUUGAGGCUCUACAGGCCGACAACGACUUCACCAACGAGAGGCUCUCCGCCCUGCAGGUGCGCUUAGAGCAGCUCCAAGAGAAAAGCAUUAAGGAAAACAACAGUCUGGAUGAGGACUUAGGCUCCCCUGAGGUGGGAGAGGAGCCCGCGGAGGAGGGUCCAAGCCUGCAGACACCCGAGAGCCAUGAGGACGAAGAAGAGGACGAUGAGGACACCGACACGGACGAGGGUGCAGUCGGUGAAGACGCAGAUGACAACUGUCACGUUAACAGCGGAGGAGACGCCACUCGAAUCCAACAGUUGAUUGAGUGUCCGCCAGUGAAGGAAGCAGUCAGUUCAUCAAUCCAUAUACUGACCAACUUUGAUGACACCCACCUACAGAACAACCAGACAGCAGAAGACAACAUCCUGACCAGCCCGGAUCGUCUUAAAGGAAAUCAGAUGGAUGCCAAAGAGUCGGACAUGUCGGACACGCUGAGUCCGAGCAAAGACCCCAGCAGUGACGAUACAUCAGAGGGCAACAUGGACGACCAGGAGCUCAAUGAACCACUGAACAGAGUAGCUCUUCUUAAAGCUGAGUUGCAUCGGGCUGGCUUAGAACCUGGUGACACGGAACAGGUCAUCCACCACCUCCACAGGGAGCUUCUGGACGCCCAGGAACUAGCCAACACUGGCAAACAGAAAUGUCUGGACCUUCAAGCUCUGCUGGAGGAGGAGAAGAGGAAUAACUCUCAGCAGACCGAGGAGUCAACCAAACAGAUUCAGUACCUGCAGACUCAGCUUGGGAAGCUGCAGGCUGACAUGGAGGCUUUGAAGGAGCAGAGGGAGAACACCAUUUGUAGCACCCGAGAGGAGCUUUACUCAGCCCAGGAGGAGAUUCUCGUCUUGCGGCACGCCAUGGAGGCAGCCACAGCCGAGCGGGAGCGGGACAUCGCCGCCCUACAGGAGGACCUGGGUGGUGUGCGGUCCGAGCUGGAGCACUGGAGGAGCACCGCCGCCAAAUAUGAGGAAGAGAUCCGUCGGCUGCAGGAGGCCUUCAUGCAACAGCAGCAACAACAGCAGGACAGCAGUCAGCUGCAUGUGGAGUGUGUUGCACUGCAAGAGCGGUGUAUGUCUUUGCAGCAAGACUGUGAAGGCCUGAGAACUGAGAAGAAAACUCUCACGGACAAACUGCGCCACCUGGAGUCAGAAUUGUACAGUACCAAGGCGCAGAGUCUGGUCCUCAGCAGCAGACUGGAGUCUUUGGGGAAGAGGGAAGAAGUUCUGCAGGACAAACUGGGUUCUAUGGUGAACCAGCACUUGCAGGACGCAAGUGAGCUUAAGAGCCAGCUGAACCGGGCCCAGGACCACACACACACUCUACAGAGAGAGUAUGAAGACACACAGUCACAGCUGUCGGACCUUCGUCAGCGGUAUGAGCGAACAGAGCAGGAGAAGAUAAACAUCCACCAGGAGUUGGAGCAGUGUAGGAGCAGCCUGAAGAUGCAGCAGGACAAGAACAGCUCUCCAUCCAUACUGCAGCCUGUCCAAGCCAUAUUCAUGGGUCUUGUCCUGGCUCUGCUCUACUGGUGUUUCGGCCAGUUGUGGUAGAAAGGGCGGCUGGAGCCCCUGGAUGCCGGUCAUCGCAGUGAUGGUCGCCGUGACGGCAGCCUUUAUCUACCCCAACCUCUCCAAGAGCAGCUCGGCGUAGCGCGCACACACACACACACACACACACACACACACACUCACGCCACUGCUUUACUUGUAUAAAGUCGAAUUGUACAUAAUUGUAGAGGGAAUAUAAAGGUUGUGGUUUCUUACAGAUAUUUCUUUUGGUUUAUUUUGUCGAGCGACAGGAAAGUUUAGUUUAGUUUUCAAUCUGCUCUCUCUCAACUGUGGUGUUUUUUUGUUUGGUUCCGAGCAUCACAUUGGUUGGUUUUACGUUUGGCCGUCGCUCAGUCCUGUUGCUCAUCGGCUUCCGUGCGAUUCCAUGUUUUUGUCUUAAAAGGGGAUCUGCACUAUUUUGGGGGAAUUUUGCCAAUAGUUCACAAUCAAUUUGAAAGUCAUGAAGUGGAUUUUUUUUAAAUGUAUUCUAAAUAUUAAAUACAUUUAAUAAAAAGUCAGCUUACAAUGGAGCCUAUAGGAGCCGUUUAAUUAACCUUUUUUUUUAUAUAACUUUAUAAAAAGAUUCUUUUGCGCA